GGUUCGUUCAGCUGUGCAAACGCAGCAAAGGCUGGUAGAGCUGAUCUUCGCGGUAAUUUGUGGCGCCAUCAUAUCAUCCAUUGACACGAAUUCCGACCAAAUAAAACAUGAACAUCUUCUCCAAGAAACCUACCGCUAAAGAGGCUCUUCGAGAGAGCAAGCGGGAGAUGGCCCAUGCAACAAGAGGUGUAGAGAGGGAAAUUCAGACACUCCAAUCAGAGGAAAAGAAGCUUGUGGCUGAGAUAAAGAGAACUGCUAAAACAGGGAAUGAGGCUGCUACCAAAAUUCUUGCACGUCAAUUGAUCAGGCUUCGGCAACAGAUAACCAAAUUACAAGGUAGUCGAGCUCAGAUGAGAGGUAUAUCAACACAUACACAGGCAAUGUCUGCUCAAACGUCUGUUGCUGUUGGUAUGAAAGGUGCAAGUAAAGCUAUGGCUGCAAUGAAUAAGCAAAUGGACCCCGCAAAGCAGAUGAAGGUCAUGCAGGAAUUCCAGAAGCAAUCAGCACAAAUGGAUAUGACUACUGAAAUGAUGUCAGAUGCCAUAGAUGAUGUGCUUGAUGAUGAUGAGGCUGAAGAUGACACUGAGGACUUGACAAAUCAGGUGCUAGAUGAAAUUGGUGUCGAUGUUGCCUCACAGUUAUCAGCUGCUCCAAAAGGAAAAAUUGCUGGAAGGAACACAGAGGAGGCCGACAGUUCGCGCAUGGAUGAACUAGAGAAGAGGUUAGCAGCACUUCGGAAUUAAAGCUUGCAGCAGCAUAUUUUGGAUCUUGCUGAAUUCAUCGUGGUGCAUCUUGAAUUUUUCCUGUAUCAUAUCUUCUGUACAUGAUUCCGUCUUAAAACUAUAAGUUGACCCCCUUCAUUGCAUUUUUUUGCGUGAGCACAAUGUGAUGUCAUUAAAACAUAUAUUCUAUAAUAUAUACACACAUCAAGUUCUGUUUUA